GUAAUUCCUUUUUAUAUCUUUCAGGAGUUUCUUUGAAGAAUGGAAACUGGCCAUGCUCUGGAAGUGAAUUAAGAGAAGGGCUUGUUUCAUGGAAUACUUCAAAAGUUACUAAGGCAUGGACGAUCAACUUCCUCUCUAUUUUUGGACCAAGCAAGCACAGCAGUUCCAGGCACAGCAGUUGCAAGCCCAGCAGAUACAGGCACAGCAACUGCAAGUGGAACAAGUGCAGCAAGUCCAACAGGUCCAACAAGUACAACAAGUGCAGCAGUUACAGCAAGUUCACACAGAGCCAACAGAUGGUAAAUAUACUUGUCUAGAAUGUGGAAAGACAUUCUCCAAGCGAAGCAGCUUUGAGUAUCACAAGAAGACCCACACAGGUGAAAAGCCUUUCAGCUGUGGCAUUUGUGGGAAAGCUUUUGCAAACAAUCGCAACCUUGUGGUUCAUACCAGGAUUCAUACGGGGGAAAGACCAUAUGAGUGCUCAGAAUGUGGGAAAACAUUUACACAAAGAAGUAUGUUGACUGUCCAUCUGAGAAUUCACACUGGAGAAAGACCAUAUCUUUGCAAUGAGUGUGGGAAAUCUUUCUACCAAAGUGAUCAUUUAACAAAGCAUAGCAGAAUCCACACAGGGGAGAAACCAUACUCUUGUGAAGAGUGUGGAAAGGCAUUUUCAGAUAGUAGUGCUUUAAGGCAACAUAUUAAGAGGCACCAAGAAGUAGGACCUUUUAGAUGUGAGUACUGUGAAGAGCUUUUUGAUAAAAAAGUUUCAUAUGAUGUACAUAUGAUGGAGCACAAAGGCAUUAAGCCAGAAGAGUGUGAUGUUUGUGGAAAGCAGUUCCCUACCAAAGGACUUCUUACAAAUCAUAGAAGAACUCAUUUCAAAGAAAAAGCAUUUAGAUGUGAACUUUGUGAUGAAGAAUUUAUGAGAUUAGUGACUUUAAAGAAACAUGUGAAAUAUGCACAUGGCCAUGGGACGUCUGGACGUGUUCCACCAAUCUAUGAUGACAGACCAACAAGAAAGCCAUAUGGUGAAUCAAAACCUUUUAAGUGUGAUGAAUGUGACAUGACAUUUACAACAAAUGGUAAAUUCUUAGCCCACCAGCACACUCAUCGGCCAAAUAAACAGUUCAAGUGCGAUGAUUGUGGUAUGUGUUUUGCAAAAAGUUAUACUUUAGAGGUUCACAGACAAAUGCAUGCUAGUGCUCCUCAAGUAAUUCAGAAUGGACCAAUCCCAAUCAAUGCAAUGACUUCCAUUGGAUCUAUAACUCCAAUGUUGAGUGUACCAGCAUCAGUGACAGUGCCACAGACUUCAAAUAAAGUCACAGCAUAUGUCAAAGUUCCACAGCGCCCAGUUGCUGUUAAACGGGAGCCUCGUUAUGAUGAUCCUCUUGCCAUGGCUACUGCUGCUGCUCAGGUGACACCAGAUCUUGUAGAAAGUCUCACUGUGCCUGAACAGCAUCAAUCAUACAAUUAUAUUUAUUCAGCCCAGGGUAAAACUAUGUAUACAAACAAGUUCCGUAAGUGACUCUAUGAAAGCACGCAUGACAGGCAUUAUUUUGAAUAAACUUUUAUAUAUGCUUUGAUACUUAACAAUUAUGAAUAUCUUAUAAUUAUCUGACUUCAUGAUACAUUUUGCAUUCAUAUUUCCUUAUCGCAUAGAUUGAAUUUCCAAAAUAUAUUUAUAUUGAUCAAAUAAUAUGGGUUACAAUGAUAAAAUCAGUCAGCACAAAUAGUACCUAGAACUUGUCUAAAUAAAACUUAAUUACAUAGAGUGAUAUAUUUAGAUUGACAAUUUGCUGAGAAAUUAAUUGCAGGAUAAAGUUUGCAUUGAAAAACAAAUUAGCUUUGACAUUAAAACACAAGAAAAGGAUGUUUGCAAGUUAUGGCAUUGAUGAAUUAUUUCAAAACAGCUUUAAGAGUUUACAAAUUAACUUAACACUUGGCAUAGCAAACUUAAAGGUAUUAAUUGUGUGGCUGAAUGCUUUGUGAUGCCAAAUGAGUUCAGGCACUGGUGCCAAAUAUAUAUGACUCUUGGAAGGAACAAUUUUCUUCAGGCUUACCUAUAAGCAGUCAUAUUUUUGUGUAAAAGUUAGUCUAAUUAUUUUAUUAAGACAGUUAACAGAAGGACAGAAGUAGCUUUAACAACAUGCACAUUAUAUAUAGUACUUAAUUUUGUAAAUUUUGUAUUUGCUCAUUGAAUUAUUAAGGAACAUGAAGUCUUUGUUUUCCUAUGAUCGUUAUAUAUGAUACUUAUAUGUAUACUUCAUUUUUAUUUCAUUCUUUGAGAUACAGAUGUUCAUAACAAAAUCACUGCAUUUUGUUAUUUAUUAUCAUUAAGUUUUGCUUUGUGUAAAUAGAACAGCCUCCCCAUAUGCACUUGUGCAUGUUAUACAUGCACCUGAACACCUUCACAUUCAUAACCACCAAUUCAUGAAAACAUCAACACAUGCACA